AUGGAUGUCUCAAGCUUGGAGAACAUCAUACGAGGUUAUGGUAUUGCCAUCGACAGACACACCCUGCAGGCAGCCCUCGACGAUCCGGAGCAUGGCACUGCGUUCACUGAAUGGGCCCGCUUCCAUCUAGGUCCUGAUAAUCUCCUAUCCAGAGACGAGUUGGCCCUGUAUUCGAGCCUCGACAAAUCCGGCCAGAUAGACAGGCUGGUGGCAUCUCAAGACCUGGCCGUCGUUCAGGCUCUCAGCGAGCGCGAGAUCCAGACAGCCAUUGACGAACUGAACCGGUCCACUGCCGCCAUCGUGAAGCAGACUGAGACUUUGAAGCAACAGCAGGAUGCGCUGGCGAAGCUGGUCAAGAGCAACGCCAAAGUGGAGGAGGCCCGCUCCGACCUCGUCUUCCAGCGUAAUCAGAAGCAUGAUUCUGAGCGUAAAAAGCUGAUGACCUCAGUCGAAGAGCUGUCUCAAGGCCUCGAAUACAAAGCGUCGGACCUCGAACAGCAGUCCAAGGUCUCUGGCAACGGUCUCCAACAGACGUUGGACAGCCUACUGCACUCCGACGACAAGCUCCUGCUCAGUUUGCGCAAGCUCGGCCUCGAGCUCGAGACGGAGGACCCGGAAGACCGCGAAAACGUCGAAAAGCUUCGGGAGAUCUGCAUGAGACUAAUCAAGUACACCGUUGAAACGGUGCGCACAAAGCUCGACCGCCUCUACCUCGAAGCGCUCAGCUCCGCCCACCACAACGGCGUGACAUCGCACCCCUCGGACGAUGUCAAGUCCUCGCAGGAGGAGCUCGAGUCUCUCUACGCCGAGAUCCUCCCCGUGGCCCAGAUGUCGGUCGAGCAGCAGUACCUCGAACCGGCCCUCAAGUCGCUGUCCAGCAAGAACGGGCAGUCGUUGCACCGCUCGGCUGCAGCCGUCGUCUAUAUCGACAAGUGCCUGGACUACCUCGUCGACCAUAUCGAGCGCCUCUCUGCCCGCAUCGAGGCCUUUCAAUCCCACCAGACCGCGACCGCAAGCCUUCUCACCACAGCUCGUGCCGAGCUCGCCGCCCCAGUUUCGACUCCUAAAAAGAAGACGCCUACCCAGGACCUUGUCUCCCCCGUCCGCCGCCGCGACGCCGGCCCAGGAUCUCCAUCCCGCGACCGCGACCGCAACCACCGUCGGCGCUCCUCGGGGUUCGACGAACCUCCCCUCGAAGCCCUACUCCGAUCCCUCGCCAUCGCCUUCCCCGAAGACGCCGCAGACGGCCCCCGUCAAACGGCUGUGCUCUCCGCGAUCCUCGCCGAGAGGCAGGCCAAGGCCCGCGACGUGGCGCGCAACACGCAGGAGACGCUCGAAGGCGCCGCCGCGUCGCAGCUGGCGGACGCCAAGCUUGCCGUGCAGUUGCUGCGGGACAGCUUGCUGGCCGAGAGCCCCUUUGGGGACGUGCGGCUCGUGGACGAGGGAAUCGAGGCUUCGAUCGCCGUGUUGGGGCAGGAGGUUGAGAAGGUCAAGCAGCGGAUCGAGAGGGUUGACGCUGGCAAGGCAAGGCAGAGGAGCGAGAGGAAGAGGGAGAUUCUGGAGCGAUGGGGCGGGUGA